AUGGGUUGUAUAACUAGUUCGGAUUCAGGCUAAGUAAUAAGAUCUACAAUUGUCAGUAUUGAUCAUCAGUUCAAUCAGUUCUCUAAUGAUUAAAAUAACUAUGAGCAUGUGAAAGUGCAGAGUGCAUUUGGAUGGGAAGAAGAAAAAUAAAACUAUAAUUCAAAUAACAAUCAGCAGUAGCAGUUUCGCAAUUAGAAUAAUCAAAACGAGGUAGUAUAAAUAAAUGGAGAUAGCAACUAAAGAGUAGAAACUCGUUUAACUAAUAAUGAGAACUCACAGCACCAACUUUAAAACGUCGAGAUUUAGCAAUCAUCUCAUCCAAAAUAGUAGGAUAAAGAUAUAGCUAAAGGUCUGCCAUCUUAGCAGCCAUAUUAGUAGCAGAUCGUAUCUUAAAAUAAUGUCGUUCCAUCUUAGAUGAAAAACAUGAUGUCUACAAUUCAAAAUCAAAUAGUCAAACAGUAUGAAGUUUUCAAUAAAGAAUAAACUUCAGAAAUGAUGAAGAACAUUUAAAAUACUCUUAGGAUAAUUAGUACUUCUAAAGAAUAAAAUAAACCCAUAGAUAAUCCCACAAAAGAAAUAAAAUAAAGUUUCCAGAAAAGAUUGUAACACUAUAUGUAAAAUGAAAGGCAAGCUGACAAAAGUUUGAAUAAGAUAUUGUGUACGAGAAAUCAUCCAAUGCAAAAACUUACCUUUACCAUCGAUAAUUUUGAAGAGUAAUGCACUAAAUGUGCAGUGCCAGUCGCAGGUGAGUAAAAAGCUCCAUUUUUCUAUUCUUGUGUCUAUGUUGGCUGUCCCUCAACUUUCUGCGUAAAAUGUUUUAGAAAAGCAUAAAAAGAUUGGAAAUUAGUUGAUACUCGGUGGAAGUUAUCUUUUUAAAUCAAUGAAUAGAUAGACUGCUUUGAGUUUACAAAUAUUGAAAUUGGAGUAUGUACUUGGGGUCACGAGCUUACACAUUGUAAAGGAUACAUCUAUAAUGAAGAUGGCUGGGACCACUUAAUCUGCGAUUUUUGCAGGAAAGAUGUAUAUUUUGAAUCUAUGGAACCAUAUUGGACCUGCCGUAACAAGAGUAUGUGUAGUAUGUAUAUGCUUUGUGAUGAAUGCUAUGUUUUGCAUUACACAAAAGAGAUUGCUGAACGAUAGAAGUCCAAAAAAUCUCUUGUUACUAAGCAAGAUGAUGAAUUAAGCUUAAGAAAGUCCUUCUUCCCAAUCAUUGUAGCUGUAACAAAUUAAGUAAUGUGCCAUCAAAAUCAUAACGUUAUUCUGCUUCAAGGAAAUUUAUACGGUUUAUAUGAUGAGCCAGGAGCUUUCUGCGAUAUCUGCAGAAAAGAAGUAACUAAUGCAAAACAAUUUUGGGCUUGUGUUAGUUGUCACUAUGAUGUUUGCUGUGAAUGUUUUUCAUCUUUUAUCGCAUAAGAUACAGAAGAGCAGUAAAAGAAAUAAGGAACUCUAAAAAUUUAAAUGGAUUUGAAAAUAAAAAAAAAGCUUCAGGGAAAAUGUAAUAGUGGUCAUCCACUAUUAUCAAUGAUGGGAAAUCUCUACGAGGUGAUUAGUGGAGACUAAGAUGUUUAGCAUAAUUGCGACAUCUGUGAAGCAGUUGAAAUCAAUAAGCAAGCAACAUUUUGGAAUUGCAUCAAAUGUAAAUACGAUUGUUGUAAUGCUUGUUUCAUUGAGAGAUACGGUGCUAAUUGUAUGAAAGAGCAAUCUGAAGUGGCUUAAUUACACAUGAUGAACGAUAUGAAAUUUAUACCUCCAUUCAGAUAAGAUCCAAAAUGUUAGAAAGAUCAUACUCUUGUUUGUUUAUCAGGUAAAAUUUACCCUAAAGGUCUUGAGCAUAAUUGUCAUGAAUGUGGAGACAGUAAUUUAGUUUAGUAAAAGAAUUUUUGGAAUUGUUUUGUAUGCGAAUAUGAUAUUUGUCAAAAAUGUCUAGUUGAUAAUUAAGGUCCUUACGUUAUUGUUCCUAAAAUAGAAUAAACCUGUAUUGUUAGUAAAAUAUAAGGAAAAGAGUGGCUUACAUGCUUCCUAAGACAUAUUCUUAAAUAGACUGUCGGUAAAGUCUAUGUCAAGUAUGAUUUUGUUAGCUGUAAUACUUGUGGAAAAUAAUACAUGGAAGAUGAAAAAUAUUUUUGGAAUUGCUCAAUAUGUGAUUUUGAUAAUUGCAAGUCUUGUGGAAGAAAAGCUCUAAGAUCAAAGACCUAAUAAGAGGCAAAAGAAAUCUUAAAAAGAUAGAAAAAGGAGACCUACAGAAACAUGUGGCAUGAGAGAGGAUUCUAAUAUUUAAGAGAUCAUGGUGAAGAAGAAUACAAAUAGUUGAUGCAAUGCUUCACCGAUAAUUAUCUACGUAAAAGAAAAGCUAUAAAAAUUGCUCAAAAGGAUUGGACUGCAGCUCUAAUUCAACAAAUUAGAUAUGAAAUAGUUGAAGUUCUCAAAGAUAAAAAUGCUUACAAAAGUGGUAAAUUAGCAAGACUAAUAUUGCUUGACUACCUCUGCCUUAGAGAUGGAUUUAAUAAUGGGCAUUAGAUUGAUUUUAUCACCAAAGAUUAUUAAGAUGCUGUAGAAUUAGUUAUGUCAAGAAAUAGUGUUAGAUAGCAUUUAGGUGAAAAACUAGAAGUGUUCUUUAGAGAUAUACAAUUCGAUGAUGGUGACUUAUAUCCUAAAAUGAAAGAAAUAGUUUUAGAAAGAUUAGAAAAAGGUUAAUACAGCAGUGAUUUCACCGGACUGAAAUUGAUAUUAAUUUGUGCUGCUAAUGAAGCAGUGAAACUCAAGGAUUAAUAUGUCAAAGAUAUGUAGACUAUAUUACUGCCAUUCAUGAAUGAGAAAGAUAAAUCCUAAUUUUUGGCAGGUUGCAAGUUUGGUAAUAAACCUCUUAUUUAUGGACAAUUCCAUCAUGGAAUGCUGAGAGCUCAGAUGAAGUUUUUAGAGGAAAUGAAUGCUAAAUCAUCUGAGGGUAAUAUUUUAUCUUCCUAUAUCAAAGGACUUAAGGAAAUUAGUAACAUUAAAGAUAUGAUAGAAUUUCACUAAAACAGUUUGGCUGAAAAAUUCUAAGAGAUAAGUGACUAAGAUUUAGAUAACUAUUCUAUAAAGCAAUAAGAUUUUCUUAGAUGCAAAGGCUACUUUCCUACUCCUGAAAGCAUUUUCUAAGCUGUAAAUGCCAUUAAGAAUCAUGAGGGAAUAAAACUGGUAAGAAUUAAGAAUAGAAUAAAAGCUCUUGGUGAUGUUAUGGUUAACUAUUGGUACGGAGAUAAUGUUAUUGCUGAAGCUUAAUUAGUAUUGUAAACCUUCCAAGGAAUGACAGACGAUUAGAUUAAUCAAUACAAAUUGGUCACUGAUUUCAACCAUUUUGCUUAUGAAUUAUCCAGAAAUCCUUUGGGAUGUCUAGUUCAUUGUAUCGAACUUUUGAUUAAGGAGCAGGCAGAUGAAGAACUAAACACUAGAGAGUGGGAUGCUGUAUGCACUGUUCGAGGAGAUAGAAUAGGAUUCGAACUUCUGAAUUUUGAAAUCAACGAGGACAAUGAAAUCACAGGGGAUGGAGAGGAUAGAGACGGUCCAUUUACAAUGGAAGGGUCUAUCGAUGAAGAUGGCUAAGUAACUAUUAAUUAUAACUAGAAUGGCAAUGAUUCAACCUUGAUUGGCACCUUUAAUGCAGAUAGGACAAGGUUUGAUGGAUACUUUGACUACGGAGAGGAUUCUGAGGAAGGAAAUUAUGUCAAGUUUAUAUUCCAGAAGAAGAAAAAGUGA